AUGGGGAGGUGGGGCAAGGGCGAUGGUGAGGUCAUUGUCAUCCCCAAGUCCCGCCAUGCCAAGAGGGAGGUUGCCACCCUUAGGGGUUGGAAAUCCAGAAUGUCUCAGCAGAAGCAGAAGCAGUGCGCCCCCCCACAGCAGUGCUGCCCCCCACCCCAGCAGUGUGCCCCACCCCAGCAGUGUGCCCCACCCCAGCAGUGCGCCCCCCCACAGCAGUGCUGCCCCCCGCCCCAGCAGUGCGCCCCACCCCAGCAGUGUGCUCCCCCACAGCAGUGCUGCCCCCAACCCCAGCAGACCAAGCAGCCUUGCCAGCCUCCUCCCAAGUGCCAACAGAAGUGUCCUCCACCUCAGCAGUGCCAGAAGUCAAAGCAGAAGUGA